AUGCACGCCACUUUCAUUCUCUCGGCUCUUGCCCUCGCCCUCCCAGUGUAUUCAGCCUCGUCCGAGACCGUGGGCUGCUACUCCGAAAUCGGUUCUAUGAAGAGCCAGGGUCCCUUCACCUUCCAAUCACCAGGUCACUGCGAGGAUCAAUGCUCUAAGAAAGGAUUCAAGAUUGCCGCUCUGGGCCGCGGUGACAUGUGUUACUGCGGUGAUCAACUUCCUUCUCAGUCCGCCAAGGUCGACGACGACCAAUGCGACAUCAAAUGUUCCGGAUGGCCCGAAGCAACAUGCGGUGGCAAAGGUACCUACAACCUCAUCCAAGGAACAGAAGUAAGCUCCGAUGACUCUGACUCUGCUUCCACGACCGCCGCACCCACUGCCGUCACCGCAGCUGGCGGAAUCGUCGUCGCCGCGCCAUCAACUGCGGCCGCACCAACCGGAAUCGUAACAGCUGCUUCAUCCGUCAACUCCAAGAGCGCCAAUGCCUCCAAGUCAGGAUCCGCUACAUCCUCUGCCAAGUCAAGCGCAAGCCCUACCCCAACAGACAACGCUGCCGGAUCGAUCCGCGUUGGUUCGUCGCUUGUCGGUGCUGCCAUCGCAGGCAUGGGCUUGUUGCUGUAA